CACGUGUUGCAUUACGAGUUCCUACUGACGGGGUUUUUUAUAACUCUAUUAUUUUAUUUAAAUUGUGUUGACUGAAGUUCAUCUAGACGACUUCCAAAAUAAACUUAUAGUUUUAAUUUUCGAAAAUUCUUUAUAAUAUUCAAGUGAUUAAUUAUUUUAGAAAAAUGGCUAGUAAUGCAGAGACAUCUGAACAAGCUCAAGCUGGUCCAAUGACUGAUGAGGAAGGAGAAAAAAAGCCAACAUGCAUUAUUGUACUUGGAAUGGCUGGUUCAGGAAAAACUACUUUUGUAACAAAAUUAGUUUCCAGACUAUAUAACACUGGAAAACCUUACGUUAUCAAUUUAGAUCCUGCUUGCAGUGAAGUGCCUUAUCCUGCAAAUAUUGACAUUAGAGAUUCUGUUAAUUAUAAAGAAGUUAUGAAACAGUAUUCAUUGGGCCCAAAUGGUGGAAUUGUUACAGCUUUAAACUUAUUUUCCACCAAAUUUGAUCAAGUUAUUGAUUUAGUUAAAAGUGCAGGGAAAGAUCAUGAGUAUGUGGUCAUAGACACACCUGGUCAAAUUGAAGUUUUUACAUGGUCAGCUAGUGGAACUAUUAUAACUGAAGCAUUAGCAUCUCAUUUUCCAACUAUUAUUGUUUAUGUAAUGGACACUGUGAGAAGUGUCAAGCCUGUAACAUUCAUGUCCAACAUGCUUUAUGCUUGUUCUAUUUUGUACAAAACAAAUAAGCUACCCUUGAUUGUAGUAAUGAAUAAGACAGACGUAGUGGAUCACCAGUAUGCUAUUGAAUGGAUGCAAGAUUUUGAAUCUUUUGAAGAAGUUUUAGCGAAUGAAACUACUUACAUCAGUAACUUAACUCGCAGCAUGGCGCUUGCAUUAGACAUAUUUUAUAGUCAUCUCCGCUGUUGCGGUCUUUCGUCGAUCGACGGAACCGGUGUGUCAGAGUUUCUAGAAUUAGUUCAAGAGGCCAAAAAAGAAUACUACGAAAAAUAUCGAGUUCGUUGGUUGAAAAUGCGCGAAAAAAGAUUAAAAGAGAUACAAGAGAAGAAAGAACAACGACUGAAGAGUGCCGCCAAGGCAACUUCUGGAGUAAGAGUACCCUUGGUCACAACGGCGUGCGAGGAAAAGAUCGACGAUGAGAGAGAAAAAUCAGAAAUUUACUUGAAGCAUCCGGCCAAUGAAUCGAGCGAGGACGAAGAAGGCGAGGAAAAUCCGCCAGAGGAACUCGAGGAAAAAGAAUCAAAGUCGUUCAAUGAAUACUUAAUUAAGCACAAAAUCGCUCAGGAUAAACGAGGUGCCCCCGAUGGGGCAGGGUCGAGCAGUCAAGACCCCUAGAAUUAGAAUCAAUGUCUCUUUGUAAAUAAAAAAUAACUUUUAUA